AACAUGUGGUCACGCUGCUUUUAGCGUCGGCGUCGUUUGUAGCGGGCAAAAAACGCGAACUUUAUUCUCGUGCUGGAAUUUGUAGAUUUUAUUUGAUCUACCCAGAAUAUGAAGAAGAACAAACCACUAUUGCACGACCAUUUAAUAACCAAUCGUGUCAAGCAGUACCUUGAGGAGCACAUCGACGAGACGUAUUUGGAUGUGAAGCAGAUGACCAAGGAGUUGAUGCGCAAAUAUCCCGAAUAUUCGCGUCGCAAACUUGGACCAUUCAGACAACUAGUGCAUCAAGCAUUUUCCAUCAUUUCGGACAGCUAUAAUUUGGACAAAGCGAGCAGCUCCGACGACGAAGACGAUUACGCAUCAGACGAAGCACAAGCGACAACAGCAAAGAACAGUGUCAUGAGCAAUAUGAUGCAUGGCCUGUACAGUAGCAACCAUCAACAGCAACAGGCUAAGAAACCCCCGAUUGCCACAAAACCUAGCAAUGAACCCAUUGACAUUUCCAGUGGCGAUGAGAACGAUGAUGAUGUCUCAAAUAGUCCACCAAAUGGAGGUCCACCACCGAAUGUCAAUAUUGCUGCCACUAUAAAAGCAUUGAAACGUCCCUUGGAGGAAUCAGCUACACCGGCAGCUAAUGUGCAUGCCAAGAAAAUCAAGCACGAUUUAACUAUAGCAUCAUUUGCAGGCACUCGACAGGAAGUGGGCGGCGGUGCCAACGCAUCAGCUGUCAAUCCCAAAAAGUUCGUUGCAGUUUCUGUAAACGCUUCUAAGGGCAACAAUGAUGCUGGCUCACGUAAGGAGCCCCAUGGAGCAAGCUGCUCAUCAUAUGAUCAGUUCCAGCAGCGACAACCGACAUCACGUGAAUUCAACGAACGUGCACCGUCGCGAGUACGCAAAUAUAAAAAGGAAGUUGAGAUCACUCGGUCAAAUGAGAGCUUCCGUGAUAUUGGUGGCAUGGAUGGCACAUUAAAGGAGCUAUGCGAGAUGCUUAUACAUAUCAAAUCACCAGAGUUUUACUUUCAACUGGGUUUGCUACCCUCGCGCGGCCUGCUGUUGCAUGGUCCGCCUGGUUGUGGGAAAACCUAUUUGGCACGAGCCAUUGCAGGUCAAUUGAAAAUGCCUUUGCUGGAGGUGCCUGCCACAGAGCUGAUAGGUGGCAUUUCGGGUGAGUCGGAGGAGCGUAUACGUGAUAUCUUUGAGCUGGCCAUUGACAAUUCGCCGUGUGUCUUGUUUAUUGAUGAAAUCGAUGCCAUUGCCGGCAAUCGUCAGUGGGCUGCCAAGGACAUGGAGCGUCGCAUUGUUUCGCAGCUCAUAACCAGCUUGGAUCAGCUGAAAAGCACUGAAUUUGGUCAAUCUGUAGUUGUCAUCGGCGCUACCACACGACCGGAUACCCUUGAUCCGGGUCUACGUCGCAUUGGGCGAUUCGAUCAUGAGAUUGCCAUACACAUACCGUCGCGAAAAGAGCGUCGGGAAAUCUUGCGAAUUCAGUGCGAGAGUCUGGCAAUUGAUCCCAAGUUUAACUAUGAUAAAGUUGCUGAGUUGACGCCCGGUUAUGUGGGCGCCGAUCUGCUUGCCUUGGUGUCACGUGCUGCAACAAUUGCCGUCAAACGUCGAUCGAUGCAAAAGUUUCGUGAAUUGCACGCUGCAAGUGAGCUCAAUAUGACCACUGUGACGUUGGAUGAUGAUGAGCCUGGCGAGGAUAAAGCAGAUGAUGAGGCCAAGGAGAAGACGCCAACAGACACGAAAACAGCUGAAUCAGCUGCUACUGCAGAUAUCGAAAAGAAAGAAACAAAUGGUGAAGAGGCCAACAAAGAGAGCGAAACUCCAAUGGAAGUUGAUAGUAAGACAGCAGAUGAUGCAACAACCCCAAGCCAAGAGAAUGAGCAAAAGGAAAAGCCCACUGUUGAGCCAAUUGCGGAUGAGUUCUAUGAGCCCACAUUGGCCGAGUUGACCAACUUUCUGGACAAUCCACCUGAAGAGUUCGUCUACAACAAUUUCUGUUUGACGCUCGACGAUUUCAUUGCGGCCAUUAAAGUAAUGCAGCCAUCGGCGAAACGUGAAGGUUUCAUUACGGUGCCGGACAUCACAUGGGAAGAUAUUGGCUCGCUGCACGACAUACGAGAAGAGCUCAAGCUGGCUGUGUUGGCACCUGUUAAAUAUCCCGAGAUGUUGGUACGCUUGGGUCUGGAGGCGCCGUCUGGAGUGCUGCUCUGUGGACCACCUGGUUGCGGCAAAACUUUGCUGGCCAAGGCAAUUGCCAACGAGGCAGGCAUUAAUUUCAUUUCGGUCAAAGGUCCCGAAUUGAUGAAUAUGUAUGUGGGCGAAAGUGAGCGUGCUGUGCGCGCCUGCUUCCAGCGGGCUCGAAAUUCGGCGCCCUGUGUCAUCUUCUUCGAUGAGUUCGAUUCGUUGUGCCCCAAGCGUUCAGAUGGCGGUGAUGGCAACAAUUCCGGCACACGCAUUGUCAAUCAGCUGCUGACUGAGAUGGAUGGUGUGGAGGAACGCAAAGGCGUUUAUAUACUGGCUGCUACCAAUCGACCGGACAUUAUUGAUCCGGCCAUAUUGCGUCCAGGUCGCCUGGAUACCAUACUCUAUGUGGGAUUGCCCGAUGAGCAAGAACGCGCCGAUAUACUAAAAGCUACCACAAAGAAUGGCAAGCGACCAGUGUUGGCUGAGGAUGUGGACCUCAAUGAGUUGGCGGCUCAAACCGAUGGUUAUACUGGUGCUGAUUUGGCUGGUUUGGUGAAGCAGGCUUCCAUGUUUGCACUGCGUCAGGCGCUGAACAGUGAUAAUACCAAUACCGAUGAUUUGUGUGUGCGCAAAUUGAACUUUGAGGAAGCGCUGAAACAGCUACGUCCAUCUGUUAGUGAGCAGGAUCGCAAGGUUUAUGAGAAGCUGCGACAGAAAUACGCUGCGCCGCGUGUGCCGUUGCUGGAGCGCAAGUGAAAAUCUCAGCUGUUGUCUUAAUAAUUAGUUUUAACAAAAAAAAUUACACACACACACUACACUCGCACACACUUAUUAUGAACAUUGCCAUUGCGCCCAUAUUCCUUUAUAUUUUUGAAUUGUACAAAAACCGCGUUGCGGAAAAAUACAAAAAUACCCAAUUGCGAUACAAUAA